CAGAGACGAACACCUACUCUGCGGCAGACUGGAAGAGUGGGGAAUUCAUGAAGAUCGCUGUUUAAAAAAGGACAAGGCAGUUGGAAAGCUGAACGUUGGGGAUGCUGAGAAAAGGGGAGUGGGUGUGGGUGGACUCUGCCAAUGGGGUCCCCAUCGGAGCCAGGGUCAAAGUAUCAGAGGCUGGUCAGCGGCUGCUGGUGGAUGAUGAGGGAAAGGAGCAGAGUCUGUCCCCGGAACAGGAGGCCUCUCUCAAGAUCAUGCACCCGACAUCAGUGGAGGGUGUGGACGACAUGAUAAAACUGGGGGACAUGACAGAGGCCGGCCUCCUCCGAAACCUGCUGCUGCGACACAGACAAGGAAUCUUUUAUACCUACACAGGUUCCGUGCUGGUUGCAGUGAACCCAUACCAGGAUUUUCCAAUAUGCUCAGUUGAGAAGGUGAACUUGUACCAUGGACGAAAGCUCGGGGAACUCCCGCCACACAUCUUUGCCAUCGCUGAAUCCUGCUACUUCAACAUGACACGGCAUCUCAGGAACCAGUGCUGCAUCAUCAGUGGGGAGUCAGGAGCAGGGAAGACAGAGAGCACUAAGCUGAUCCUGCAGUACCUGGCAGCAGUCAGUGGGGAGCACUCUGAGCAGAGGGUCGAACAACAGAUUCUAGAGUCCAACCCAAUACUAGAAGCUUUUGGAAAUGCUAAAACAAUCCACAAUGACAACUCCAGUCGUUUUGGGAAAUAUUUGGAGAUCUUCUUCAACAAGGACGGAGUGAUCGAGGGAGGCCGUGUGGAGCAGUAUCUCCUGGAGAAGUCUCGUGUCUGCCACCAGGCACUGGGAGAGAGAAACUACCACAUAUUUUAUUGCAUGCUGAGAGGAAUCACUGCAGAGGAGAAGAAAACUCUGAGGCUUGGAGAUGCUAAGGAAUACAAAUUCCUCACUAAGGGUGAUUGUAUCACAUGUGAGAGCAGAGAUGAUGCAAAAGACUACAGUCAUAUUCACUCUGCUAUGAAAAUCCUGACCUUCUCCAAAAGCCAGUGUGAGGAAAUCCACAAGCUGCUAGCAGCCAUCUUACACCUGGGAAACGUCUGCUUUGAGGCUACAACUCAAAAUAACCUGGAAACCAGUGAUGUCAGCAAGUCUGAACAUUUCAGCCAAGCAGCUUCUCUACUGGAGGUACAGACGUCUUCUCUGGCAAAGAGUUUGACGCACCGUUCCUUUAUGACCAACAGGGAGAGGGUGACCACACCCCUUAGCUCCGAACAGGCCGCAGAUUGUCGAGACGCCUUCGUCAAGGCUAUCUACAACAAACUGUUCAUAUGGAUUGUGGAGAAAAUCAACAGUGUCACCUAUAAGAAACUGACCAGCAGCAAGUCUUCCUUCCAGUCCAUUGGUCUGCUUGACAUCUUCGGCUUCGAGAACUUCAGCACAAACAGUUUUGAGCAGCUGUGCAUUAACUUUGCCAACGAGAAGCUCCAGCAGUUCUUCGUGGCUCACAUCUUCAAGCUGGAGCAGGAGGAGUAUCUGAAAGAGGACAUUGUGUGGAACAAGAUGGAUUUCAGUGACAAUCAGAACAUCCUGGACCUUCUGGCUGGGAAACCCUGUAACCUGCUGGCUCUGAUCGAUGAGGAGAGCCUAUUUCCAAAGGGCUCAGAUUUCACUAUGCUGAACAAGAUGAACCAGCAACAUAGUAGGAACAAGGCCUACAUUGCCACAAAGAGUGAAUACGACACAAAUUUUGGUAUUCAACACUUUGCAGGCGUGGUUUACUAUGAGUCCAAAGGGUUCCUGGAGAAGAACAGAGAUGCCGUCAGUUAUGACAUAAUCAAGAUGAUUGAAGUGUCCACCAAUAAGCUACUUCGUCAGAUAUUUCAGACUGAUCUCUCAACCAAUGGGGUCAAGAUUACAAACAACACAAAGGUCAUCAUAACACCGAAGAGCUCUGUGCGGGCCAAGGCUGACAAACGUAAACAAGUGCCAACGCUGAGCGGCCAGUUCCGUCAGUCUCUGGAAUCCCUCAUGAAGGCUCUGUCGGCCUGUCAGCCUUUCUUCAUCCGCUGCUUCAAACCCAACAGUAGCAAGAAGUCUCAGGUGUUUGACAGAGAUCUGUGUAUGCGUCAGCUGAGAUACUCCGGCAUGAUGGACACCAUCCACAUCCGGAAUCUGGGAUACCCAAUUCGCCACAGCUUUGAGGAAUUUGUGAAGCGCUACAGGGUGCUGCUGAGGACGACCAUCUGUGAUCCCAACACUGAGACAGCUGCUGCUUGUUGUCAGGCCAUCUGCAAGACAGUGAUCGAAGGGGAGGAAAGGUGGAAAAUAGGCAGGACCAAGAUUUUCCUAAAGGAUGCCGAUGAUGCGAUCCUGGAACGACUGAGGGAAGAAGAACUCAGCAGGAUAGCUGUGAUUAUCCAGAGGGUCAUGCUCGGACACAAAGACAGAAAGUCUUUUCUGAAGAAGCGACAGGCAGCCGUGGUGUUGCAGAAGCGUUGGAGAACAUAUAGAGAAGAGAAAGUGCAAAGAAAGAUCAAGCACGGCUAUGAGCGGCUGGCAUCAAUGAUCCGUAGUCGGAAACUCCAGUUACAGUACCAAAGACAGUGUGCAGCAGCACUCACCAUACAAACACAGGUGCGAGGCUACCAGAAGAGGAAGCGCUGGGGGCAAAAAAGAAAGGCAGUCAUACUGCUGCAGGCUCACACCAGAAAACUCCUGGCCAGAAGAACAGUUCAGAAGAUGAGGGAUGAUGCCUUCACUUCACGCCUAGAGAAUGAGAACUGGGACCAAAUAGCCUUAGCCUUUCAGCAGGGACUGGAAGACCUUGUUUCUGCAUCACAGUCAGCUGAUGAGGAGCCGGAGCUGGAGCCGGAGCUGGAGCCGGAGCCGGAGCCGGAGCCGGAGCUAGAGCUGGAGCUGGAGUCGGAGUUGGAGUCAGAUUUGGAGUCGGAGUCUGCACCUGAAACUGAGUCAGUUAUUGAACAGAGUUCAGAGGAAAACUCAUAUGAUUUCCUGCCUGCACCUGCUGUGGAAGUGGUGCAACAAAAAGCAUUUGAAUCAGACGAGUUUAAGAAGAGGACCAUACAAGAGCCAGCAGAGGAAGCCUCUAUUGAAACCUCAGGGUCAGAUUUGGAAAUGGCCUCUCCGUUAUCAGCUCCCGCUACACCUCCAGCUACACCUCCAGAGGACGAAGAUGAUGAUGACUUUGAUGACGAAAGCGACCAGUUUUCAUUAUACAAAUUCAGCAUCCUUCACUUCCAGAGCAACAUCUCUCACACACACAUUAACCAGAGACUCAAGCAGACCCUUCUGCCCCAUGAUGAUGAGGGUGAUACACUGGCCUGUCUGACUGUGUGGUGGAUUAUUCUUCGCUUCAUGGGGGAUUUACCAGAGCCUAAAUCUCUGGAUGCAACAUCUCAAGUGUCAAGCACCCUCGUGCAGCGUCUGCCUCAUAGUACGAGCCGAAGGCUGAGCAACCUGGUGGGACUUGACCAGAAAAUACUGAGGAAGAACAAGAAGAAGUAUGGAGGUUCAAACAGAAGAGCAUCAACUAUCCUUGAGGAGCCAGAGAACCUGACAGAAGACGAGGACAUUUUGAUUGGAGAAGGUCCAACAUUGGAUCGGCCGCUGUCAUCACUAGAAAAACUGCACGUUAUCAUUGGAUACGCUCUGUCCAGACGAGACAUAAGGGAUGAGAUUUACUGCCAGAUCUGUAAGCAGCUGGUAUACAACAAGAACAGGAAGAGCCGUAUGCAAGGCUGGAUCCUCCUCUCCAUCUGUCUCGGGAUCUUCCCUCCGACAGACCUGUUAGUGAAGUAUUUGGAGAAGUUUGUCUCUAGGGGGCCGGAUGGUUAUAAAGCAUAUUGUACUGAGCGCCUGCGUCGUAUAUUAGCCAAUGGAGAAAGGAAAGAGUUGCCCUGUUGGAUAGAGCUACAGGCUGUAAAGUCCAAGAAGCCCAUCGAUGUGUCUGUGACUCUAAUAGACGGCCGCACUAUCAGUCUUCAUCUGGAUUCAGCCUCUACCUCUGCUGAAAUCUGUCAAGCUGUGGCUCUACAGACAGGUCUCAAAGACACCUAUGGAUUCUCCUUGUACAUCAGCCUCUAUGAUAAGAUGUGGUCUUUGGGCAGCUGUGGGAAGCAUGUGUUGGAUGCGGUAUCUCAGUGUGAGCAAGAGAUGAAGAGGCAAGGCAAAGAGGAGAAGGACACCCCCUGGAGUCUCUCCAUCCGCAAGGAACUGUUCACACCGUGGCACGACUGCUCAGUCGACCUGAUCAGCACAGAUCUGAUUUACAGGCAGGUCAUCAAGGGAAUCAAGUCGGGAGAGUACGUCAGUGAGAAGGAGGAUGAAUAUGUCCAGCUGGCAGCGAAGCACUAUUACAUCCAGUUUGGCUCUGCACACAGCAUAGAGAACGUCCAGAGGGUGGUUGAGGAGUGCAUCACCACACAACUGAUUGAGAACAAAUCUAUGGCAAAAUGGAUCCAACUCAUCAGCUCAGCUCAUCUACAGGGUCCUUAUGUCAACGGGAACCAGAGCAAAGAAAGUGUUAAAGGGGAGUUGGUGGACAGUGCGCGAGAGAAAUGGCCGGUGCACUUCUCCAGGUUUUAUGAAGUUACAAUGUUGUCAGGUCUGCCUUUGCCCAAAAGCAGGUUUGUUGUGGCUGUAAACUGGAAAGGCAUCUUCUUCAUGGAUGGAAAAGAAAAGUGUCUCUUUGAGCUUUCUUACCUGGAACUGAAGGAAAUAAAAACAAUCAAUGGCCAAUCAGUGAAUUUGUCCACAAUCAAAGGAGACUUUGUCCUGAGGUGUGGGGAGGAUGUGGAGAUGGGUGGACUCAUAGAGACUAACCUGGAUGGGCUGAGGGAGCUCUCCCGGUAUGCUCUGGCUCUGCAGGACAUCAACAGAUCAGAUGACCCCAUGAUAGUCGACUGUAAACGUGGUGACCUCCUGCUGGUAGAAAAAGAUGAAGAUUAUUCCCCUGAAGAAACCUGCAUCAGAGCAACUAACCAGCGGACCGGCAGCAGUGUUACAGCCCAUAAGGACUCAGUGCAGUUUCUGCCAACUCUCACAAGCCCUACUGAAGAUAUGCUGGAACUGCUCAGUCCGGGCCAGAGGAAACGUUCAACCACACAGAGCAUCACACAGAGAGAUGAAACAGUGGCUCCUGUCUCAUUGAAAGAGUUUGCACUUGAGAACUUCAGGACUGCGGGUAAAGAUGUGGGUCGACAGGGUCAGUACAAAGGGCUCAGGAAAGAGAAACUGUGGGCCUGUUCCAAAGAACCUCUCAAGCAGCCCCUGAUGAGGGGUCUGGUCCGCAACUCUGAGCUCAGCUACCUGGCCUGCAACGCCUUCAUUGCUAUCCUGAAGUAUAUGGGUGACUACCCCAUUAAACAUGCCCGCAGCUCUGUCGAGCUGACAGACCAGAUCUUUGGUCCGGCCACGCAGCAUGAGGCCCUGCAGGAUGAGAUCUACUGCCAGAUUAUGAGACAGAUGACCGGCAACAACAACAGGCUGAGUCUGGAGCGUGGGUGGCAGCUGAUGUGGCUUUGUUCAGGUCUGUUCCCACCCAGUAAGAGUUUGAUGAGACACGCUCAGAACUUCCUGGAGUCGCGGCCCAGAGACCCGCUGGCGACUAUCUGUCUGCAGAGGGUGCAGGCAAUGUGCAGAAAGGAGCCCAGGAAGCUUCCUCCCCAUCUGGUCGAAGUGGAUGCCAUCCAACAGAACAGCAACCUGAUCUUCCAUAAAGUCCAUUUCCCAAAUGACACAAAUGAAAUAUUCGAGGUAAAAUCUACAACCUUGAUCAGUGACCUGUGCAGCAGUGUUGCCGCUCACCUCAACCUGAUCUCAGCUGACGGAUUUGGCCUCUACCUGAAAACACCGAACAAGGUCACGUGCUUGGACGAGCGGAAAUAUUUCUUUGAUAGUUUAAGGCAGACGUCAGACUUCUCUAAAAAAUUAAAGAGAGUGAAAGAAGGUAACCAGGGUAACAUUCCCUACCUGGUGAUACUUAAGAGGAAGCUCUGGUUCAAUGUGAACCCGGGGAAAGACCAGAUUGCAGACCUCAUCUUCCAUUUUCCACAGGAGCUGCCUAAGUACCUGAGGGGAUACCACAAUUGCACCAAAGAGGACAUGAUCAACCUGAGUGGGCUGCUGUUCAGAACCAAAGUGGAUUCAGACAGGUCACAGUUUGUCAUGAUCCCCAGGAUGCUCAAGGACCUGGUUCCUGAAGACCAGAUCAACAAAAUGUCUGCUGAAGACUGGAAGAAGAACAUCAUCUCCUCCUACAACAAGCAGAGCGGGAUAACGGUGCAGGAGGCCAGAAUCGCCUUCCUUAGAGUCAUUUCCAGUUGGCCAACUUUCGGCUGCACCUUCUUUGAAGUGAAACAAACGUGUGAAUCUAGCUACCCACAUAUGGUUUGGAUUGCCAUCAGCAAACAAGGCGUAAGCAUAAUAGACCCAAAGAACAAGGAGCUACUGGUCAUGUACCCGUUCAGCCGCAUCACUGAGUACCGCAGCAAAACCAACUUCUUCCAGAUAAGCAUCAGCACGCUGGUGAAGGAAAUCAAGUUUGUCUGUGAAACCUUACAGGCUAACGCAAUGGAGGACCUUCUUAGAUCCUACGUCAGCAUGUAUGAGAGGCAGAGAGAAACCUUCCGACCAAGGAACCACAUCUUUUCUUGAAGCUUCAAGACACCAGACUGAGCCAUUGUGGUUUAUAUGCACUCUUUUUUGCUUUCCUUACAUUCAUGUAUCUGUUGGCCUAUGCUUUAAAUAGUAAAAAAGAAAUCAAUUCUGCAAAAUAAUAUUGUCUUUUCAAUUGUCCAUCUAUCCAUGUAUCCAUUAUAUAUUCUGUUUAUCCUUUGAGAGUUGAGUGGGAGCUUGAGCUGAUCCUUUCUGACAUUAGGUGAUAGGUGGGGUACAUUCUGGACAGGCCCCCAACUUACAGUGACAAUCAACCAGUAUUCUUUAUUUGUUUUGAUUACUAUUCUUUUCUUGUGUCAUUGUGAGAACUGUUGUAUGAAUAAAUGAUCCAUAGAGAUUUGUGGAAGUUGUGUGAUAUUAAACUUUAACAUGUCCAACCUUUAGUCUUCCUAACAGAACAAUAUAAAUAAUUAACUCUUGUAGUCACAGAAAGUCAAAUGC